GGGCGGGACACCAGGGUCCCUGGGGGCGGGUGGCCACUCAGGGCAGGGCGGGGCCGGCGGUGUGAGGGUUAACCCUCCCCUCCCCCGUCCACCUGCUCUCCCCUCCCCCGCCUGCCCUGAGCUGACCUUAGUACCGCUCCUUUCCCCGCCCCUGGCAGCGGCUGUUGUCACCCACCGGGCUGCCUGCCCUGCUUGCCCUCACCGCCGCGGGGUUUGCUGCCCCGGCGGGGCAAGGAACCGGCGGCUGCCUUCUCACCACCACCACCACCGCCAUGCUGGCUGCUCGCCCACUCCACUGGGGGCCCCACCGCGCCCCAGCCCCCCGUGGGCCCCGCACCAGCCCCGACCCGGGUCUCAGCGGCGGUGGCAGCCGAGGUGCAGGAUGCGAGAAGGCGCCCCCCGGCCGGGCUCCCGCUCCAGGUCUCGCACCCCUGCGGCCCUCUGAGCCCACCAUGGCCAUCCCACCAGGCCAUGGGCCAUUCUCUGGCUUCCCGGGGCCCCAGGAGCACAUGCAGGUACUGCCUGAUGUGCGACUGCUGCCUCGGAGGCUGCCUCUGGCCUUCCGGGAUGCAGCCUCAGCCCCGCUGCGCAAGCUCUCUGUGGACCUCAUCAAGACCUACAAGCACAUCAAUGAGGUAUACUAUGCGAAGAAGAAGCGGCGGGCCCAGCAGGUACCACCCCAGGACUCGAGCACCAAGAAGGAGAAGAAGGUCCUGAACCACGGUUAUGAUGAUGACAACCACGACUACAUUGUGCGCAGUGGGGAGCGCUGGUUGGAGCGCUACGAGAUCGAUUCUCUCAUAGGCAAAGGCUCCUUUGGCCAGGUGGUGAAAGCCUAUGAUCAUCAGACCCAGGAGCUGGUGGCCAUCAAGAUCAUCAAGAACAAGAAGGCGUUCCUGAACCAGGCCCAGAUUGAGCUGCGGCUGCUGGAGCUGAUGAACCAGCACGACACGGAGAUGAAGUACUACAUAGUGCACCUGAAGCGGCACUUCAUGUUCCGGAACCACCUGUGCCUGGUGUUUGAGCUGCUGUCCUACAACCUGUAUGACCUCCUGCGCAAUACACACUUCCGCGGCGUCUCACUGAACCUGACCCGGAAGCUGGCACAGCAGCUCUGCACGGCGCUGCUCUUUCUGGCCACGCCUGAGCUCAGCAUCAUUCACUGCGACCUCAAGCCUGAGAACAUCCUGCUGUGCAACCCAAAGCGCAGUGCCAUCAAGAUUGUGGACUUUGGCAGCUCCUGCCAGCUUGGCCAGAGGAUCUACCAGUACAUCCAGAGCCGCUUCUACCGCUCGCCUGAGGUGCUCCUGGGCACGCCCUACGACCUGGCCAUUGACAUGUGGUCCCUGGGCUGCAUCCUGGUGGAGAUGCACACUGGAGAGCCCCUGUUCAGCGGCUCCAAUGAGGUGGACCAGAUGAGCCGCAUCGUGGAGGUGCUGGGCAUCCCACCAGCCCCCAUGCUGGAGCAGGCACCCAAGGCUCGAAAGUACUUUGAGCGGCUGCCUGGGGGUGGCUGGACCCUACGACGGACAAAGGAACUCAGGAAGGAUUACCAGGGCCCUGGGACACGGCGGCUGCAGGAGGUGCUGGGCGUGCAGACGGGCGGGCCCGGGGGCCGGCGGGCGGGGGAGCCGGGCCACAGCCCCGCCGACUACCUCCGCUUCCAGGACCUGGUGCUGCGCAUGCUGGAGUAUGAGCCCGCCGCCCGCAUCAGCCCUUUGGGGGCUCUGCAGCACGGCUUCUUCCGCCGCACUGCCGACGAGGCCACCAACACAGGCCCGGCAGGCAGCAGUGCCUCCACCUCACCCGCACCCCUCGACACCUGCCCCUCCUCUAGUACCGCCAGCUCCAUCUCCAGUUCUGGGGGUUCCAGUGGCUCCUCCAGUGACAACCGGACCUACCGCUACAGCAACCGAUAUUGUGGGGGCCCAGGGCCCCCCAUCACUGACUGUGAGAUGAACAGCCCCCAGGUCCCACCCUCCCAGCUGCUGCGCCCCUGGGCAGGGGGUGAUGUGCCUCACAAGACACAUCAGGCCCCUACCUCUGCCUCAUCACUGCCGGGGACCGGGGCUCAGUUACCCCCCCAACCCCGAUGCCUUGGCCGUCCCCCGUCACCAACCUCACCACCACCCCCGGAGCUGAUGGAUGUGAGCCUGGUGGGCGGCCCUCCGGACAGCUCCCCACCUCACCCAGCGCCUGCCCCCCAGCACCCGGCUGCCUCAGCCCUCCGGACUCGGAUGACAGGAGGUCGUCCACCUCUCCCACCCCCUGAUGACCCUACCACUCUGGGCCCUCGCUUGGGCCUCCGUGGUGUACCCCAGAGCACAGCAGCCAGCUCAUGACCCUGCCCCCUCCCUAGGGCCCCUCCUGAAGCCAUACCCCCUCCCCAUCUGGGGGCCCUGGGCUCUCAUCCUCACCUCUCCCCUUGACUGGAAUUGCUGCUACCCAGCUGGGGUGGGUGAGGCCUGCACUGAUUGGGCCCGGGGCAGGGGGUCAAGGAGAGGGGUUUGACCACACUCUCCCCACUAAGGACUGGACCCUUGGCCCCCUCUCCCGCCCCCUUGUUUUCUAUUUAUUGUACCAAAGACAGUGGUGGUCUGGUGGAGGGGAGACUCCCCUUACCCUAGGGCCCUAGGAGGGGGUGGGGGCAGGUAGGGGGAGAUGGCCUUGCUCCUCCUCGCUGUACCCCCCAGUAAAGAGCUUUCUCACA